CGCGGGAGUGCUGGCGCGGUGCGGCGCUGACUUGUCCUUUUGCGCGCGGGGCAUCGCAGCCGGGAGAGCAUCUCCCACCGGCACCCAAGGGGAGCCCAGCUGUAGCUGCGGCCGGAGCCCGGACCCCCUAGCCCUGCGCCCUCCGGACCUUUCAUCUGCGCUCUUCUUCUACGCUGGGCCAGGUGCCGGGAGGAAGAACCCGCGUCCGAGUUCUGGACCCUGGGUGCGGGAUGGAGAGCAAGGCGCUGCUGGCCAUUGCUUUGUGGCUCUGCGUGGAGACCCGGGCUGCCUCUGGGGAUUUGCCCGGUAUUUCUAUUGAGCCUCCUAGACUCAACAUACAUAAAGACAUACUUACAAUUAUGGCUAAUACAACUCUUCAGAUUACUUGCAGUGGGCAGAGGGAUUUGAAUUGGCUUUGGCCCAACAAUCAGAGUGGUUCUGAGCAAAGAGUGGAAGUAACCGAGUGCAAUGAUAAUGUCUUUUGUAAAACACUUGUGAUUCCAAAAGUGAUUGGAAAUGAUACUGGAGCCUACAAGUGCUCUUAUCAGGACAUCGAUGCCUCCUCAGUCAUCUAUGUCUACGUUCAAGAUUACAGGUCUCCAUUUAUUACUUCUGUUAGUGACCAGCAUGAAGUUGUAUACAUCACGGAGAACAAAAACAAAACUGUGGUGAUUCCAUGUCUUGGGUCCAUUUCAGACCUCAACGUGUCACUUUGUGCAAGGUAUCCAGAAAAGAGGUUUGUUCCUGAUGGUAACAGAAUUUUCUGGGACAGCAAGAAGGGCUUUAUUAUUCCGAGUUACAUGAUCAGCUAUGCUGGCAUGGUCUUCUGUGAAGCAAAAAUUAAUGAUGAAACUUACCAGUCUAUUAUAUAUAUAAUUGUGGUGAUAGGCUACAAGAUUUAUGAUGUGAACCUGAGUCCCCCCCAUGGAGUUGAGCUCUCUGUUGGAGAGAAGCUUGUCUUAAACUGUACAGCAAGAACGGAACUCAAUGUGGGGAUUAAUUUCCACUGGGAAUAUCCUUCUUUGAAGCAUCAGCAUAAGAAAUUUGUGAACCGGGACCUAAAAAUCCAGUCUGAAAAUGAGAUGAAGAAAUUUUUGAGUAGCCUCACCAUAGAUGGUGUGACUCGGAGUGACCAAGGAUGGUAUACCUGUAAAGCUUUUAGUGGACUGAUGACAAAGAAGAACAGCACAUAUGUCAGAAUCUAUGAAAAGCCCUUUGUUGCUUUUGGUAGUGGCAUGGAAUCAUUGGUGGAAGCCACACUGGGAGAGCGAGUGAGAAUCCCCGUGAAGUAUCUGGGCUACCCUCCUCCAGAAAUAAAAUGGUAUAAAAAUGGAAGACCUAUCGAAUCCAAUCACACAAUUAAAGUGGGGCAUGUGCUAACUAUUAUGGAAGUGAGUGAAAAAGAUAUGGGAAAUUACACAGUUGUCCUUACCAAUCCCAUUUCCAAGGAGAAACAGAGUCACAGGCUAUCUCUUUUUGUCAAUGUCCCACCCCAGAUUGGUGAGAAAUCUCUGAUAUCUCCCGUGGACUCCUACCAGUAUGGCACCACCCAGACACUAACGUGCACAGUCUAUGCUGUUCCUCCCCCACAAUACAUCCAUUGGUAUUGGCAACUGGAGGAAGAAUGUACCUACAAACCCACCCAAGGCCUCCCAACAACAAACUCAUAUACUUGCAAAGCGUGGAGAAAUGUAGAGGAUUUUCAAGGAGGAAAUAAAAUUGAAGUCAACAAAAAUCAAUUUGCCCUUAUUGAAGGAAAAAACAAAACUGUUAGUACCCUUGUUAUACAGGCAGCAAAUGUGUCUGCUCUGUACAAAUGUGAAGCUGUCAACAAAGCCGGCAGUGGAGAAAGAGUCAUCUCUUUUCAUGUGACCAGGGGCCCAGAAAUUACUUUACAACCUGAUACCCAGCCAACUGAACUGGAGAGCAUGUCUUUGUGGUGCACAGUGGACAGAACUACGUUUGAGCAUCUCAUGUGGUAUAAGCUAGAUCCGAAGGUUCCUGUUCAUUCAGGAGAAUUGCCCACACCUGCCUGCAAGAACUUGGAUGCUCAUUGGAAAAUGAAUGCCACGCUCUUCUCCAAUAGCACAAAUGACAUUUUGAUCAUGGAGUUCCAGAACACGUCUCUGCAAGAUCAAGGAAACUAUGUCUGCUUUGCUCAGGACAAAAAGACCAAGAAAAGACACUGUGUGAUCAAACAGCUCACAGUUCUAGAGCGCAUGGCACCCAUGAUCACGGGAAAUCUAGAGAAUCAGACAACAAGCAUUGGUGAAACCAUUGAAGUCUCCUGCACAGCAUCUGGGAAUCCCUCUCCACAGAUUACAUGGUUUAAAGAUAAUGAAACCCUUGUAGAAGACUCAGGCAUAGUACUAAAAGAUGGCAACCGGAAUCUGACUAUCCGCCGUGUGAGGAAGGAGGAUGAAGGUCUCUACACCUGUCAGGCAUGCAGUGUUCUUGGGUGUGCAAAAGUGGAGGCCUUUUUCAUAAUAGAAGGUGCUCAGGAAAAGACAAAUUUGGAAGUCAUCAUUCUAGUGGGUACAGCAGUGAUUGCCAUGUUCUUCUGGCUCCUUCUUGUCAUCGUUCUUCGGACUGUUAAACGGGCUAAUGGAGGAGAACUGAAGACAGGCUACUUAUCCAUCGUCAUGGAUCCAGAUGAGCUCCCCUUGGAUGAGCGUUGUGAACGCCUCCCCUAUGAUGCCAGCAAGUGGGAGUUUCCUAGGGACCGACUGAAACUAGGCAAACCUCUUGGCCGUGGUGCCUUUGGCCAAGUGAUUGAAGCAGAUGCGUUUGGAAUUGACAAGACAGCAACUUGCAAGACAGUGGCUGUCAAAAUGUUGAAAGAAGGAGCAACACAUAGUGAGCACCGAGCCCUCAUGUCUGAACUCAAGAUCCUCAUCCAUAUUGGUCAUCAUCUCAAUGUGGUUAAUCUUCUUGGUGCCUGUACCAAACCAGGAGGGCCGCUCAUGGUGAUUGUGGAAUUCUGCAAGUUUGGAAACCUGUCUACCUACUUAAGAAGCAAGAGAAACGAAUUCAUCCCGUACAAGAGCAAAGGGGCACGAUUCCGUCAAGGGAAAGAAUAUGUUGGGGAAAUCACUAUGGACCCGAAACGUCGCUUGGACAGUAUCACGAGUAGUCAGAGCUCAGCCAGCUCAGGAUUUGUUGAAGAGAAAUCCCUCAGUGAUGUGGAGGAAGAAGAAGUUUCUGAAGAUCUGUACAAGAACUUCCUGACCCUGGAACAUCUCAUCUGUUACAGCUUCCAAGUGGCUAAGGGCAUGGAAUUUUUGGCAUCAAGGAAGUGUAUCCACAGGGACCUGGCAGCACGAAAUAUCCUCUUGUCAGAGAAGAAUGUGGUUAAAAUCUGUGACUUUGGCUUGGCCCGGGAUAUUUAUAAAGAUCCAGAUUAUGUCAGAAAAGGAGAUGCUCGUUUGCCUCUGAAAUGGAUGGCUCCAGAAACCAUUUUUGACAGAGUGUACACAAUACAGAGUGAUGUGUGGUCUUUUGGUGUCUUGCUCUGGGAAAUAUUUUCCUUAGGAGCUUCUCCUUAUCCUGGAGUCAAGAUUGAUGAAGAUUUUUGUAGGAGAUUGAAAGAAGGAACUAGAAUGAGGGCCCCUGAUUACACUACACCAGAAAUGUACCAGACUAUGCUUGACUGCUGGCAUGGGGAGCCUAAUCAGAGACCAACAUUUUCAGAGUUGGUGGAACAUCUGGGAAAUCUUUUACAAGCUAAUGCUCAGCAGGAUGGCAAAGACUAUAUUGUUCUUCCCAUAUCAGAGACUUUGAGCAUGGAGGAGGAUUCUGGACUCUCUCUGCCUACCUCACCUGUUUCCUGUAUGGAGGAAGAGGAAGUGUGCGACCCCAAAUUCCAUUAUGACAACACAGCAGGAAUCAGUCAGUAUCUGCAGAACAGUAAGCGAAAGAGCCGGCCUGUGAGUGUAAAAACAUUUGAAGAUAUCCCAUUGGAAGAACCAGAAGUCAAAGUAAUCCCAGAUGACAACCAGACAGACAGUGGAAUGGUUCUUGCAUCAGAAGAGCUGAAGACUUUGGAAGAUAGAACCAAAUUAACUCCAUCUUUUAGUGGACUGAUGCCCAGCAAGAGCAAGGAAUCGGUGGCAUCUGAAGGCUCAAACCACACGAGUGGGUACCAGUCCGGGUAUCACUCGGAUGACACAGACACUACUGUGUACUCCAGUGAAGAGGCGGAACUGUUGAAGCUAGUGGAGAUUGGAGUGCAGGUUGGCAGUGCAGCCCAGGUUCCCCAGCCUGAUUCUGGAAGCACAUUGAGUGUUCCUCCUAUUUAAAAGGAGGCACCCAAGAACCUGUCCUGGAAAUCACAUGAGAGGUGCUGCUUGGAUUUUCAAGUGUUGUUCUUUCCACUGCCAGGAAGUAGCCACAUUUGAUUUUCAUUUAAAAGAAAAAAGAAAGUGAAAAGAAAAAAAUAGACCUCAUAGACUGCAGGGAGCCAGUCUCUUAGGGAUUUCCUGAGAAGAUGCUUGUGACCCAAGAAUGUGUUUCUGUCUUGUCCCAGUGUUGACCUUAUUCUCCUUUGCAUUCCAUCUUAAAUUGUAUAUAAAGUUCCUACUGUGGGGCUCCCCAGGGGUUACAAUGAAAAACAUUCAAGAGAUGACUCAAUCCUCCAAGGAGUAGCCAUGCCUGGGGAGCUGACCCUUCCGUAGAACUAGAAGAUAAACCAAACAAUGAAAAGUUUUUUAUACUGUGAAGAUGGGCAUGGUCAAAGGACAGAAUUCUUCCCAGAAGCUUUGUAUAGAAUGAGGGUUCUGAAUCAAGUCUUCCAUGUAUGGUUGGAAUUGAUAGAAAGAAGUUGACUUGUUUUGAGCACUUACUGGAAAUCUGCAAAUGCAUUGGGUUGGCUCCAGUAGAGGUGGUUCUGGGCUUUGUUAAGAAACGUAAAGGCGGCAGACAAAGUUACUGGUUUUAGAAGGUUGAGCGCUCUUCCUGGUUGGACUAAAUGAGAGCUCUUUGCACUGUUUCCGAUUCUUAAUGAGAGUUCCUUCCGGACUCUUACGUGUCUCUUGGCCAAGGCCCAGGAAGGAAAUGACGCAGCCCUGGCUCCUAGUCUCCUACACCGACCCUCUAUUCAGCUUACCACAAAGAAAGGACAUUCUUAUGGAGGCUACCUGGCAAAUUUGUUGAAUAUUUUGACUGUGUAAACCAGCUUCUGGUUUCUUGUAGAUGAAUAACCGCCU